UUUAAUGUGAAAAUAUUUUACUCUGUUACAAGUCACCGACCGAAAAGUGCACAAACGAACGUCCCAAAAUAUUAUUUUUUAAUAAAGUAUUUUCUAUCAGACCAUAAAAAUGUUGCUCAAGGCACCGAUAGCUGUGCUAGUGGUGUCAUUAUUUGUUGCUGCAGCACGAUGUGAAAGUGAAAGUUUACUUCCUCUGGUUACUGGCGGAACAGCUACAGUUGUAGGUCAAGCACCGUAUGUGGUAUCGAUCCGAAGACAAUCAGCCAUUGGCGAAACGACUAAUUCAUACUGCUCUGGAACAAUCGUCAAUGCGAACCAUGUAGUCACCUCGGCUACAUGUGUCCACGAUGUCACUUUCAACCUGAUAAAUCCAUUCUGGUUUCGUAUAAUAGCUGGUGACCUGAACAUUAUCGUACCGUCAUUCCAACGAUUCACAACCAGAGCGUCCCACAUUUAUACGCAUCCUGAUUAUAGAUUCAAUCCGCCAAGAAAUAGCGUCGCAGUUAUGAGAACCUUGGAACCGUUUCCUGUCCCAAGCAACAAUAUAGAUUUCGCAGUACUAAACACGGUUCCAUUGGCUAUUGGCCACAAUUGUCGUUUUAUUGGAUGGGGAUCGCAGACAAACAUUGGUGCCACGCUUGCCACACAACGCUGGGUAAAUGCUCCGAUUAUCGCAUGUGGCGGCGCAACUAUUGAUACAAAUAUGUUUUGUGCUGGAUCACUAACAGUAACCAACCCGCCUUCUGGUGUGUGUGCUGGAAAUUUGGGGGGCGGUUUAUUCUGUGACGUUAAUGGUUGGUGGGAAUUCACUGGCAUUCUAGCUGGUGGUAUCGGCUGUGGAGAUGCAAAUGUAGCCGGUCAAUACAUGCAAGUCAGAGAUUUUGCACCGUGGAUAAAUCAACAGUUUACACGGACUGAUGCAACGAAUCCUGGAAUUCCUGUGCAAGCACCUGCACCAUAAACGAGACUUUAGAUAGUUAAGCACUGGAUUUCUUUUUCAAUUCUUUAAAUAAACUGAAUCCGAAGUCAUUA